UCAGUCUUAUCACUCCCAUUUCACAUCAUUUUAUAUUUUUUAAUCAGCCUACUUCACCGUUUAAUCGCACAUUCACACAUUUCAAUCCCCAAUCCCACUUUUUUGACUAUUUUUUUUAACUUUCCUGUAUAUUAUUUAACUUACAUUUUUCAAUAAUUUUUUCAAAUUUUAAAUUCCUUCAAUUUAUUCAUUUUUCACAAAAUUUUUAUUUUAACAAUUUUUCCAACAAUUUUAACAAUUUUUCAACAAUUUUAACAAUCUGUGAUAAUCAAUUUGAUGUAGUAAUUUUAACUGAUGGAAUGUGUUAGUUUGGGUGAAGUGACGGACGGAGAUGUGAGUGAUACGUUUGAUUGUGUAUGUUUGAGGGAUUCAGAUUUGAAUAUUUUUGACCGGAAUUUGGAAUUUUUUGAAGCUUUAAACUUACCAGGCGUCGGUUCCUUCUUAUCCUCAGCCUAUGACUUUGUCAGACUUACCUUCUUAUCAUCCCGCAGACCCACCAGAUUUGCAUAUAAAUCCGCCACCAGAAAGCUAAUCAAAUCACUAAAACAUCUAUUCCCCAAACAAAAAACCGUCACAUUCGAUCUAUACACUGAUAAUAAUAAUAAAACAGAUGACAGAUUGGAUUUAUUAUUUGAUUUUUUUGUAAAUGAUAAGUAUUUAACUGUUAUUUCACCUUAUCAAAGGUGUAAUCUCAAAGUCACUACCAUACAACUUAACACACAAUAUGAAGAGGUAACUGAUGGGUUAGGGCACAAGGGGACGAAAUUAGGCGUUAGUAACUCUGUACUACUAACUUCUUUAUCAGACUGCGCAAUAACUUCACUAUGUGUGAAUGAUUUACUGGCCUUGGGGUUUGAGUUAUUUGUUACAUUUUCUAACAAAUCCGUGGCUUUCUUUAGGGUUAGCACUUUUGACUAUGAUAAGUCACCUGAAUAUUCCAUUUCCAACGCAGUUAACGUUACUGGGUUUCUACAGUUGAAGGAGCCAGCAACUUUCUCAAAGUAUAGUCCCAACCGGGAACUAAUUCUAUUGACCACGGACACAUCAGUUUAUUUACUGGAAAAGAGCGGAUUUGAUGUGGAGUAUGAGAAGUUGACAGAGUUCAAGUCGGGAACACUUUUAUGCGCAGAUUUCCUAAACGACUUUGAGAUUUUAGUACUCGAAAACAAUUUCAUCCUCACAGUCUACAAAAAGUAUAACCAACAAUUCCAUAAAUUCAUCAAAUACAAUAUUAAAUCUCUCAUCACCAAUGUUAAUCCCGUGAAUUCUGUGAACUCUGUUAACUCUGUCAACUCUGUCAACAGUGUGAAUAAUGUGAAUAGUGUGAAUUCGGGUACGGGAAAGUUUACUCGGGAUUACAUGGGAAACUUGUAUUUACUCGUGAAGAAUAUGAACCUGGUUAAGUUCACUUGGACCGAGUCCAUUCUACCACACUCCAGCCAACUUAACCUACAACCACCAAAUGAUCUCUACCACCUCGAUAAAUCCUCAACUUUGGUGUACAAUUUUGGAAUUGAGAAUAAUUUGGUUGUGGUGACGUUUGAGAAAUCGCCGUGUGUGCAUUUGUACGGCUUAUCCUCUUUGAAGGAGUUGUAUCAGCUGAAACCACCAGUGCAGGGCUACCUUCCAAAGCUUUUUAGCACUUGUGCCAGUAACAACUGCUGUUACGUUGUUGUCCUGUGGGUACACAAUUCGAAUUUUACCACGGCGUUGGGUGAUAAAUUAAGAUCACUGGUGCAGAGAAAUGUGCUGCACAGGGAUAUUAUCAGAGUUUACAGAGUGAAAUCAGGGCUAACCAAGGACCCAGUGACCGAUGAGCCCCUCAACUACUACAGCACCAGGCCGGACUUUGCUAAUAUUAACACCGUACCAAGCAAAAUCAACAAACUCCCCAUCCUCUCCUCACUACACCCCAAAAUCACACUCAACAGGAGAAAUGAGUAUAAGAGGUGUGACGAUGUGUUUGGGUAUAGGAGGAAUUUUUUAGGUCGUUCGCUGAGUGAUCACGGCUUCAGACAACCGCACGAAACCGUCUACUCACUCGACGAAUUCAUACGAAACAGACAUAAAAACUUUUACUAACUUAAUUUCACAUAAAUUUAUUCAAUUUUAUUCAUUUUUA